UAAUGACUAUAUGAGUUUCAACAAAUAAUAAGAAAGAAAGAAAAAAAAAAUCUGUGAGGACGAAAACUCUCCUUCGUACCGGCAACUUUCUUUUGUUGAUCGUCGAGUGUUGCCGUAAUCUAUAGGACUCCCCUAACCACUUUAACGAUUAGCGGUUUUGGAAGUGUGACUUCGGUCUCAAUAAAUUAAAAAAAAAUGGUGCAAAGCCAUUCGCUAAGCACGUUAACAAUCUGUGGAAGUGUACAAGUUUACAGCUCGUGGAGGAGGAACCGUGUAAAGUUUGGGAACUCUUCAGGAUUGAUUGGUGAUCGAUGCGUGUCGUGUCAAUUCUUUCGUAGACCAUCAUCAUCCCUAAGAAGCCAAUGGAAGUCACUUAAGCAAAGAAACCUGUCGAGGGUCGAAGCUAGAUGGCCGUUUCAAGGAGGUGGUGACCACCAAGGUCUAGACCCGAACUCUGAGCGAAGCGAGAGCGCCAAUGAAGAUAUUUUGAUCUUCUUCUUUCAGCUUGACUUAGCUACUCGUGUUCAGUGUGCUUUGAAUAUGGAGCAGUAUGAUAUUGCGCAACAACUAAGAGAGAAGCUAAAUGAGGUUGAAGAGGAGGGGAUAAGACUUCAAGAAGCUAAAAGAGGAUCAUCAUCAAAAAGUGAAGCACAAGACAAGGGUAUUAGCCUUAUAAGGCUACGUGCAGAUCUCCAGAAUGCUAUUGACGGUGAGGACUAUGGUUUGGCAGCUAAGUUGAGAGAUGAAAUCUCAAAGCUUGAGGCUGAGUCAUUAGCUGUGUCUGCCAAAGCCUUGGCUUUUGAGAAUGCAGAGUAUGCAUUUCGUUUGGGACAGAAACUGAAACACAAAGCUUUUGGCUACAGGGCUGUAGUUUGCGGGAUGGAUCCAGUUUGCUGUGAAUCAAGCUCCUGGAUGGAAGCUGCAGAAGUUGAAAAGCUACCUCGUGGUUCCAAUCAGCCAUUUUAUCAGGUUCUUGUCGAUGUUCGCACCCACCCUGAUCUACUAGUGGCAUACGUUCCUGAAGACAGUCUAUUAGCUCCUGAGAAACCGGACAAAGAAAGGUUUGAUCAUCCAUACAUUUCUUUCCUCUUCUAUGGUGCGGAUACAGCUGGAGAUUUCAUCCCAAUCCAACAACUGCGUGAGAAGUACAACAAACCUCGGCAUGAAGUUCCUUUUGAUUCACAAGAUGAGGAUUAAGAUGGAAGCAAGAUUUGAGCUUUAAGACCACACAACAAGGCAAGAAUCAUAGCAUCGCCCAGAGCUGUUAGUUCACUGUUGGUUAUUUUAUAUAUAUCCUCGUCGAUGUAGUCAACACAACUGUUCUUGCUCUGUACACUAAAAAACAAAUCAACGUUAUCCAAGAAUGCUUUUUGUGUA